GCAACAAACGCAGAGACACGGCUGAUUGGAACAAGGCGAACGUUAGCUAUCUGAAGUGAUUAAUGUGAUUUGGUUCAAUUUGCUGUUAUAAAGCACGAAUAUCUCCAACAGAAAUGACAUCGGUGGUCCAGUACGGGCGACGGAGAGGUUCCAGUAAAAGUGCUGAAGGAGCCAGAUCGAACCUGCUGCCUGACCUGCGACAGGUCACUGUCUUAACCAAAGCAGACUGGCUGAGGAUCCAAGACGAACUAAACAAGGUGGAUAAAAACAAAGAGAGGACGCGAGAGGCAGCGAAACAGAGGGAGGACCUGCACCUGCAGUCGAAGGAGGUGGUGAAGCUGUGGUCCAACACCAUCGCAGGUCAAAGGCAGAAGAAGCUGGAGGCGAGGAAGAUCCGCGAAGAGAUCGAGGAGGGGAAACGGAAACAGAUUGAUGUAGAAGAAGCCAAAUACAGGGAAGAGAAGCGGAGAGAAGCCAUCGAAAAAGCCAAAACUCAGCUGUACUAUCAAACCGACCGAGUCAAAGGGUUACAUCGUGCACUCAUGCUGACAGAGGUUCUGAAGGAGAGGGAGGCUCAGAUUGAGCUAAAGCAAAGGAUAAAAAGUGCUUAUAAGGAGGUGGACAAAGACUACACGGCUAUGGUCAAAGCAAGGGAGGAGGAAGCGCUGAGACAGGAGCAGGAAAAGGCCCAGCAGACAAAGCUCCACAGACAGAGUCUAGCGGAAGACAUCAUGAAACAGAUCAAGGAAAAUGAGGAAGAGAGACAGCGACAAAAGAGAGAGAUGAAGAAGGACGGAGAGGAAAUCCAGCGUCUCCAGGAGCUCUAUCAGUGGGAGCAAAUAAUGGAGGAAGACAAACAAGCCGAGCAGAAGAGGAACCUGAUGCAGACUCACCUGGAGCAUCUCAGCAACAGAGAUCUCAUAAAAGCAGCAGAGGUGCAAAAGCAGCAAGCUGAGGAGGAGCAGAGGAAGCGUUUCUUAGCGGCGAAACAAAAAAUGAUGAAACUGAGGAAAGAGAAGGAAACGGAGUUGUUCAGAGAGGCCCAGAGUCACAGGGAGAGGAUCGUUACCCAGCUGGCGGUUAAACAGCGUGAGCAGACGGUGAGCGAGGAGCAGAGGAUCCUGAAGGCGGUGCAGGAGCAGGAGGCCAAGGAGGCGCAGCAGCGAAGGGACGAGGAGGAGAAGAGGGCGGCGAUGAUGAAGGCCAUCGCUGUGCACAGAGAAUUAAUGAAACAAGAGAAGGAGCAGACGGAGAAGAUGGAGCAACAGACGUCAAGAGACACAUUUCAGGCCAAGAAGGAGGCUGAUAGAAUAUUCACUGAAAAGCAACAACUGAAGGCACAAAAGAUCAGAGAUGAAGAAAGAGGAUUACAGGACUUCAACGUCACACUAAUGGCGGCGAAACUGGCCAAGAACCAGCAGCAGAGAAGAGAUGAGCAGGAAUUCCAAGCAAAGAACGCAGAGCUUUUGGCCGAGGAGGAGGAGCGCUUUCAGCGUUACUCACGGCUCGUCAUCGACGCGGCGGCUGAGGCCGAGCGGAACGUGCUCCCGCUGUGCAAAGCUGCCAGGGAGGGGGUCGGGGGAGGCCUCGGGCCCGUUUUCAGCGGCGUCAGGCCCAGCUACCUGGUCCAGGACCGCAGCGGCGCUCAGAUGCCCACGUACGUGUGUGAGGCCACCCAGAACAUGAAGAAGCUCAAUGAAGCCGUGGACAUUCAAGAGGCAAAGAGGAGACUUGGAUUCACGUGGUGAAACCCGGCAUUUCACGCUUGUUUGUGCCCAAUAAACAUUUGCCUACAUUCAUCAGA